CAUAUAGUCUCCUUCGUCAGGUACCUGCAGGAGUACGAACAGGUCACGGCAGAAGGCCCAGCUACUGACGAGGUGAUUAGGGAGCGAUUGGCUGGCAAUCCAGUCCACGCAUUCCAUCUAAUGAAGCGGAUUACCGUGGAUUGGAGACACCUGGAAGAUCAAGCCAAGACGGAUUACUGGAGAGGCGUCGUGGAAGCGAUGAGGGGCUCUGACACAGGAGGAGUAGUGCGGCUACCGAAGGAGGAAGAUCUGCAGGGCGCAGCCCAAGCCCUGGUUCGACUCCACGACGUCUACAAUCUCAACAUGUCUCAGCUAGUGAGAGGCACGGUUUGGGGCGUGGCCAGCGCUGCAGAGAUGACGGCGCAGGAUUGUCUCUACAUGGGCAAGCACUCCUUCAACCUGGGCAUGUACCCGAGGGCCUUGCAGUGGUUUGAGGAAGCCUACACCCUGGCGGGACUCGAAGGCAAUGCCACGGUCACCCAGGAACAGGUUAACAUGUUCCUGAAUACUGCAAUCAAAGCUUAUGAUGAGAGUAUAGCGGCCCAGUAUGAGAGAGAGGCACAGGAAGAGCAGGAAGCCGUCUUCGGCGCCUCAAUCCCGGUAGAUGAUAUGAAGAGCAGCAGACAGACCUCAAAAUAUCGUCUAGGAGUGGAUCUCAAACCCCACGAAGAUGCUGUUAACUUCCAGGCCCUUUGUCGCGGAGAACAGCUGCUGAGUGAGUCGUACUUGGCCACCCUCUCCUGCUUCUACGACCACAGGGACGACCGCUACCUAAGACUCAUGCCCGCCAAGGUGGAGAGACUCCACUGGCGACCAGAGCUCCUUGUCUUCCACGAUGUCCUCUCCCAAGCUGAGAUCGAGAAGAUCAAGUUCCUCGCUAGGCCCAUGUUGGCUCGGGCGAUGGUACAGGGAUCCAAGGGCAAAGGCAACACCGUCAGCAACACUCGCACUUCUUCGGUGGGAUGGCUGGAUGACUCCCUUCACCCGCUGGUGGAUAAAGUGGGUGACCGUAUUCAGCGACUCACUGGUCUGUCGACCAAUUUGGCCAGGGACGACGCCGAACUGCUCCAGGUGUCUAAUUACGGCGUCGGCGGCCAUUACAAUCCCCAUCACGACUAUCUAUUGGCCGACAAGACUGAGAAGGAGCUGCUGCAUAAUAUACACCCACGAGAGCUUGUGAUGGGAGACCGCAUCGCCACUUUCAUGUUUUAUUUGAGUGAUGUAAAUCGUGGAGGAGCGACAGCCUUUCCUCGGCUUAGAACAGCCGUGUGGCCCACCAAGGGGUCCGCAGUCUUCUGGUAUAACUUGAAGCGGUCUGGCGAAACUGAUGAAGCAACCUUGCAUGGGGCCUGUCCCGUGGUCCACGGCCAUAAGUGGGUGAGCAAUAAAUGGAUAAGAGAGCGCGGCCAGUUUCUCCGAAGACGAUGCGGGCUCCACCCAGACGACUAAUGACCCCUUGACCUCUAAAUCCUCUCAACAAUGCCCAAUCGCUUCUGGCAGCUUAUCACGGACCUGUAAAUCCUCUCAACAGCGCCCAACCGCUUCUGUCAGCUUAUAAUAUUCUAACAAGUGUCCUUUAUUCAAUCCAUCCAUUUAUAUGUAGGAAUGUUUCAUGUUUAACAAUGCUAUAUAUACCUAUUAAGCAAUCUUCCCUAUUAAGCCUAUUUAAAUUGCUAUGUAUAUAUAACAAAUUCCUAUUCCAACCACUUAAAUAUUUCACCAGUGGGGAAAAAGGUUAAAUCUCUUUGUAAAAAAAUGGUAAAUUGAUAUGUAUAUAAUGGGAGAAAAUGUCUGUUUGGGAGUGUAUUUCCUCAUAAAAUUAUGAGGUUAUCUUGAGGUUAUCUUGAGAUGAUUUCGGGGCUUUAGUGUCCCCGCGGCCCGGUCCUCGAC